UUUUUUACGAUUCAUUUCAGCUUUCAGCAUUCCAACGCAUUUUCAGCAGGAAUGCAUUUUCUAGUUGUUAUUUUUAUCCUUUAGAACAGUGAUGAAACUUGUACUCUGAAACCGCACACUCCGGUACAGUCGGUGGCGGUAUGCGCCAAUUCAAGUUGGUUGCGAUCUGCCAAACAAAUUAGAGAAGAAGAAGAACGUCACUUCCUGUUAGCUAAAGUGUGUUGCGUGCUGAAAGGAACAUGGCAGCGGACAGCAGGACGGAGGACUACCCUCAUGAGAUAGACGAGCAGCUCACAGGCUUCGACUCCUCUGUGUCUUCUGUUAAAACUAUGUUGGAGAAGUUGAUGUCGAUGCCCAGGAAUGACCUGCUGCAGAAGCUGGACCCUUUGGAUCAAGCCAAGCUGGAUCUGAUGUCUGCCUACACCCUCAAUUCAUUGUUCUGGAUGUACUUGGUCACACAAGGAGUGAAUCCCAGAGAACAUGGAAUCAAGCAGGAAUUGGAGCGAAUACGGACCUACAUGAACAAAGUGAAGGAGAUCACGGACAGGAAGAAAGCGGCCCGUCUGGAUAAAGGCGCUGCUGCACGCUUCCUGAAGCACGCUUUCUACGAUCCUAAAGAAAAAGACUCGAGAAAGAAAGCAGCAGACGCGACGUCUGACGCGUCGCAGUCGAAGCGUCCGAAGCAGAGCUGAAGUUCAGGAGCAGCUGUUCAGUCUCGUCCCACGGCUUCUUAAAACCUCUUUUUUGAGGCACAACAAAAACUUUGUUCACAAGGUGACAAAGAGACUUCACUGGUUGAGUUACAUGAGACACAACAAGAAGAGUUUUGUGUUUCUCAUCAGUGAAACAGUCUGAUUGUAGCCGUCGUCUACGACACAACAUCCCAGCUUUAGCUGAACAAAUUCCUGCUUCAGAAUUUAAUAGAUUCAAGGCUGUUUUUAUUUUGUACAAUAUUUCAUAUUUGAGUUGUUGCGUAAAUCUUCUUCAGGGUUCCAUAACCAUGAAAUGUUAUGUUUCAUUGAGAAAUGUGAACAAAAAAGUGUUUCCCUCUACAGGUAUUAAUACAACAUUGUUUGAUUCUUCUUACAGAUGAAAGAGAAACGUAAACUUCUUUUUCUUAAAAGUGAUUCUGUGAAUCUUUUUUUAGAUGUUUUUACACACGUGCCAUCUGUCAAACAUGUACUGAUUAACAAUGUUUGUUGGUGAUGAAUCUUUAUUAGGAUCGACCUCUGCAUAAAAAUACUCACCAAACAUCACGUUUCAGUUAUUCAUUUUUAUCUCCUGUUGUACAAUAUAAUGCCCCCAAAAAGAAGGUAA